CCUCUACAGACGCAGUAUGAAGCGUAAGGCCAGCUUUACCUGUCCUUUCAACGGCAGUUGCACCAUAACCAAGGACAACCGCCGCCACUGCCAGGCCUGCCGGCUCAAGCGCUGCGUGGACAUCGGCAUGAUGAAGGAGUGUGAGUGUCUUGUUCACAGAUCCAGGAUCAGUUUCCACGUCAGUAAAUCCUAAUGUCAGCCAUUAGUGGGAAUAAUGCAAAACUGACCUAAGAUCAGCAUGAUUAAGGAAUGUGAGUGUAUGAGAUCAGCUUCCCUAUUUGACUGUAGAGCAGUGCCUAGGGGCAACCUUAUCCCACUCCUCCUUCCUCAUCAUUUCUUCCAUCAGAAAUGCACUUUUUAUUUUUGACUGAGAGCAUAGCCUUGCAGAUUAAAGUAGUUUCUUAAUCCUGGUCCUGGGGACCCAAAAGGGUGCACAUUCUUGUUUUUGCCCUAGUAGCAUUACACACCUAAUUCAAAGAAUCAACUCACCAUCAAACCUUUGAUUAGUGGAAUCAGGUGUGUAGUGCUAGGGCAAAAACAAAAAUGUGCACCCAUUAGUGUCCAGGACCAGGAUUAAGAAACACUAGAUUAGAGGCAUUGAAUCAUGUGGUGUUGUCCUACUGAGGUAUAAUAUCAGACAUACACAUGAUCACACAUACACAAACAUUUUUUGAAUUUUACUCUGAAGAGCACUACAGGAAGUAAUGUAUUUUCAGCCUGUUGUUUGGCAAAUACACUCAUUUUCCUCCAUGAGUGGCUGAAUGAUCUCUUAAAUUAUGAAUGAUCUCUUGAACCAUGACGAUGUGUGUGUUGAAAAGAGUAGGGAGGGUCUGAAAGUGCACUAAAGAGAGAAAUUAGCUUCUAUCAGUCAGUGGCAACUGUUGAUGGCAUGUAAUGACACACUGAUAACAGGAAAUAAUUCAGCCACUCUUGGAGGAAAAAUGGGAAUUCAAACGAAAGAGCUUCUUUCCUCUUAGAAGCAAAUACGUGUCAGCAUUAAAACAUGUAUUACCGUGCCAAUAGCAAUAACAAACACCCACACAAACGCACACACAGGAAACAUAUCACAGCGCCAUAUACCCCCCCCUUUGAGCCUGUAGAGAACAAGGCACAUACCGUAUAGUUUUUGUUAUAUACCAAUAGUGUUACGCAACGUUUGGACUCCUUCUAAGCCAUUGCCCUCAUAACAAUGUUUAAAAUGUCCACUAGGAUUACUAGAUCGUUCCGGGAGAGCCUGUACAUUACGCUCCCAUCUGAACUUUAGACACCUGCUGAUGUUUUGUCCAACGUACUCCGUUUGUUUUCAGAGUCCGUAAAUAGAAGGUUUCCCGUGAAUUCCGGAUAUUGUCCAGGCGGGUGUUUAGAAUUUGUAUUUGAAGCAGGGGCUGGUUUCCGGAUGUUGUUCUCCCUCUGAGAUUGAACAGUGAAUUCCCGGAGAGUGAUGCUACUGCUCCGAACACUGUACAUGAAUGGGAGCCAGUGGAAUGCACUUAUGCUGAUGCUCUUGGUGCUGCUGCUGCAUCGACAACAACACGUUGUAGUGCGGCGCGGAGUGUGAGCUAAUUCAGUGGCUGGGGCAACAACAGGCGUAACAGAACGGAGACAAUGCGUGCUGUGUUGACGACAGCACUAGGGAGUCUUUUUCACGGACCCCCCCCCGACAACAACAAGCCCCUCCGAUGCGGGCGCAGCGGCAGCCUUAUCACAUUGUGGAACACACGCUGGCUUGUGCUUGUGUACACACACACUUACAUGCGCUAGUUCUAACACACACACACAGCAUCAGUGUUAACAUCUCUAUUUUGCCGAUGUCCCAAUUAGGGCUGGGUGAUAUAUCGUGUAUACCGGUAUGACUCAACAUACCGAUAUGAUUUUUACAAAACCAUCUAUAAUGAUGUUGUGAUACAAAGCUAAAUUAAAUGAAAAGUUCUACAAAUUGGACUAUUUCACUGUCAGUUUUGGCCUAGUUUGUUUCAGUAUAAAACCAUCAUAAUGGAGAAAGACCAUUAAAAUCACUUAGAAUUUAUUUUGUUGCCGUUCUAGGGUCAUGCACUAAUCAUAAAACACAUUUCAAACUUUUGUUAUUAGAAACAUUAAAUAGUCAAAUACCACCAUACCGUCAAAAAUGAGAAAGAUAUUGGGAAAUUAUAUUUUGGUCAUAUCGCCCAGCCCUAGUCAUUUCAGUCUGAUAUAGUCAUGAUGUGACAUCUGCAUUUCUCACUUUCUGUCACACCACUUUUUUAUUUGGAACUCCUCCCUCUCUUUUAAACUCCUUAAAGGCCUAGUCAAAAGUCAGCUUUUCCUGUGUUUUAUAUCAUAUUAUACAACAUCUGAUGAAACUAACACUGUAAAAGUGUGACAUUUUUUAUCAGUGUUAUUUCAGGUCUGUCUAAUCAGCAUGACAUCACCAUGCGGGAAAUUGGUUAAUAGACCAAUAAAGAGAGUUCCAAAGCCAAUAACAGCUAGUUUUCAGUUUUCUCCUUCAAACUCAGUCCACUCCCAGACAGUCCUAGCAAAAUUAUUGUUUGAGAAAUCGUUUUUUUGCCAUUUUAAUGGAAAUCUACAGUAAGGUACUUAAUUGUUACCCAGAAAUGAUUUGAUAUUGAUAUAAAAACGGCUGCAUUCAAUAACACAUUCUCUCUUUCUUUCUUUAUCUCUCUCUCUCUCUCUCCUCUCUCCUUCUUAUCUUCCUCCUCUCUCUCUCUCUCUCUCUCUCCUCCUCCCUCCUCUCCUCUCUCUCUCCUCUCUCUCUCUCUCUCUCUCUCUCCUCUCUCUCUCUCUCUCUCUCUCUCUCUCUCUCUCUCUCUCUCUCUCUCUCUCUCUAAUCCAUUUUUAUAACCCUUUCUCCUUCUGUCUUUCUUGCUCUGACCUCUUUCUGAUCUCUUCCUGCUCAAAAUGCCUCUUCCACAUUCUCCUUCUAAACCUCUGUCUCCCAGUCAUUCUGACAGACGAGGAGGUGCAGAGGAAGAAGGAUCUGAUCCAGCGGAGGAAGGAUGAGGAGGCGCAGAGGGAGGCACAGCGGCCCCGUCUGAGCGAGGAGCAGAGCCAGGUCAUCGCCACGCUGGUUGAGGCACACCACAAGACCUACGACGACUCUUACUCCGACUUCAACCGCUUCAGGGUCCGUGUCCACUCAGUAACACCAGUCUCCACUCUGUAGUGCCAACUCCAUAACUCCACCCUCCCCUCCGUAACUCCACCCUCCCCUCCGUAACACCAGCCUCCCCUCCGUAACUCCACCCUCCCCUCCGUAACACCACCCUCCCCUCCGUAACUCCACCCUCCCCUCCGUAACUCCACCCUCCCCUCCGUAACUCCACCCUCCCCUCCGUAACACCAGCCUCCCCUCCGUAACACCAGCGUCCACUCCGUAACACCACCCUCCCCUCCGUAACACCACCCUCCCCUCCGUAACACCACCCUCCCCUCCGUAACACCAGCGUCCACUCUGUAACACCACCCUCCCCUCCGUAACACCACCCUCCCCUCCGUAACACCAGCCUCCACUCCGUAAUACCAGCCUUCAUUCUUUAAUAUCUGUCUUCACUUAGUAACACUAGUCUCUAAUCUGUAACACCAGUAUUCACUCCAAAACAUCAGUCUCCACUCCAUUACACCAGUGUCAACUCCGUAACACCAUAGCUCCUGGGAUGAAACUCCUCCCGAAGUGUGCAGUGUGGCAUUUAAUUGUCCAAUGGUCAGUGAUACACACUAUAUUGAGUACCUGUGGUCUUGUAUGGCUCAGUUGGUAGUAGGGCUGUCCCCGACAAAAAAAGAAGAAGUAUUGGUCGACUGAAAGUCGUCUGUUCUUUCGACCAAUCGAUUGGUCAAAAUGUUAAAACGUAUAUUUUUACAUAUCUAGACACACCCUAUGUGUUUUAAUAAAAUCAACUAUAUAUGCAUUGAGCUUGUCUGAUGCUUUAAUAAGUGCACUGUUUAAAGAAAGAAGACACAAAUGACUCAAGAGGGAGCCAGAGAUCAAGAUAACCAGAAUAAAUAAACUUUACAUGUCCCGUCCAUCUUCCUCCCGCUCCAACUGGCUUUCGCAGAUUCUGCCGUUACUCUCCAGAAGUUGCCAGUAAUAACCUACAUGAGGAGUCAGCAAACUUUCUCAUGUGGACUGCCAAUAUAUUUUACCAUUUCUACCGUUCUGCGUGCCAGUUAUGGUUUUCAUAUGCACAUUUCUGUGGAACAAUUUAAUUUAAUUUAUAAUAGUAUCUUUGUAUCUCAAAAUCAUUGUCAUGUGGUUAAUCAGUGGCCUGAAGGGUCUACAGGGGGUCCAGAGAAACCCCUGAAGAUUCUGAGUAAAACCGCAUCUAAUUGAAAUCUAAAUGAAAACGACACAAACCCAAACCUAAAAAGUAACUUCUAUUACCAUAGCCAACUACUGUAUGAAAGAGAGCCUAUAAAGCCAACAAAUAAAUAAAAACAUUGUAGCCUGCAGGUAGAAAAUAUCCUGAUAAAAAUAAAUAUCCUAUAAAUCACAUCAAUCUACACACAAUACCCCAUAAUCACAAAGCAAAAACAAGUUUUUAGACAUGGUAGGAAAUGUAUUAAAUAAAAAAAAGGAAAUAUCAAAUUUACAUAAGUAUUCAGACUCUUUACUCAGUACUUUGUUGAAGCACGUUUGGCAGCGAUUACAGCCUCAAGUGUUCUUGAGUAUGACACUACAAGCUUGGCACACCUGUAUUUGGGGAGUUUCUCCCAUUCUUCUCUGUAGAUCUUCUCAAGCUCUGUCAGGUUGGAUGGGAAGCGUUGCUGCACAGCUAUUUUCAGGUCUCUCCUGAGAUGUUAGAUUGGGUUCAAGUCCGGGAUCUGGCUGGGCCACUCAAGGACAUUCAGAGACUUGUCCUGAAGCCACUCCUGCGUUGUCUUGACGCUCUUGUUGGCUGGUCCUCACUACAUGUUCGUCGUCAAACCCACUGGCUCCAGGCCAUCUAUAAAUCACUGCUAGGCAAAUCCCCGCCUUAUCUUAGCUCAUUGGUCACCAUAGCAGCACCCACCCGUAGUCUGCGCUCCAGCAGGUAUAUCUCACUGGUCAUUCCCAAAGCCAACACCUCCUUUGGCCGCCAUUCCUUCCAGUUCUCUGCUGCCAAUGACUGGAACGAAUUGCAAAAAUCUCUGAAGCUGGAGACUCUUAUCUCCCUCAAUAACUUUAAGCAUCAGUUGUCAGAGCACCUUACCGAUCACUGCACCUGUACACAGCCCAUCUGAAAUUAGCCCACCCAACUACCUCAUCCCUAUAUUGUUAUUUAUUUUGCUCAUUUGCACCCCAGUAUCUCUAUUUGCACAUAAUCUCUUGCACAUCUAGCAUUCCAGUGUUAAUACUAUUGUAAUUAUUCUGCACUAUAGCCUAUUUAUUGCCUUACCUCCAUAACUUGCUACAUUUGCACACACUGUAUAUAUAUUUUCUGUUGUAUUUCUGACUUUAUGUUUUUUACCCCAUAUGUAACUCUGUGUUGUUGUUUUAUUGUACUACUAUGCUUUAUCUUGGCCAGGUCGCAGUUGUAAAUGAGAACCUGUUCUCAACUGGCUUACCUGGUUAAAUAAAGGUGAAAAAAAAAUAAAAAAUAUUGGCUGUGUGCUUAGGGUCGUUGUCCUGUUGGAAGGUGAACCUUCGCCCCAGUCUGAGGACCUGAGCAGGUUUUCAUCAAGGAUCUCUCUGUACUUUGCUCUGUUCAUCUUUCCCUCGAUCCUGACUAGUCUCCCAGUCCCUGCCGCUGAAAAACAUCCCCACAGCAUGAUGCUGCCACCACCAUGCUUCACCGUAGGGAUGGUGCCAGGUUUCCUCUAGACGUGACGCUUGGCAUUCAGGCCAAAGAGUUCAAUCUUGGUUUCAUCAGACCAGAGAAUCUUGAUUCUCAUGGUCUGAGAGUCCUUUAGGUGCCUUUUGGCAAACUCCAAGCGGGCUGUCAUGUGCCUUUUUCUGAGGAGUGGCUUCCAUCUGGGAACUCUACCAUAAAGGCCUGAUUGGUGGAGUGCUGCAGAGAUGGUUGUCCUUCUGGAAGGUUCUCCCAUCUCGACAGAGGAACUCUGGAGCUCUGUCAGAGUGACCAUCAGGUUCUUUGUCACCUCCCUAACCAUGGCCCUUCUCCCCCGAUUGCUCAGUUUGGCCAGGCACCCAGCUCUAGGAGAGUCUUGGUGGUUCUAAACUUCUUCCAUUUAAGAAUGAUGGAGGCCACUGUUUUCUUGUGGACCUUCAAUGCUCCAGAAAUGUCUUGAUAACUUUCCCCAGAUUUGUGCCUCGACAAGAUCCUGUCUCUGAGCUCUACGGACAAUUCCUUCGACCUCAUGGCUUGGUUUUUGCUCUGACAUGCGCUGUCAACUGUGGGACCUUUUAUAUAGACAGGUGUGUGCCUUUCCAAAUCAUGUCCAAUCAAUUGCAUUUACCACAGGUGGACUCCAAUCAAGUUGUAGAAACUUCUCAAGGAUGAUCAAUGGAAACAGGAUGCACCUGAGCUCAAUUUAAAGUAUCAUAGCAAAGGUUCUGAAUACUUAUGUAAAUAAGGUAUUUCUGUUUUUUAUUUGUUAUAAAUUUGCAAACAUUUCUAAAAACCUGUUUUCGACUUUGCCAUUAUGGGGUAUUGUGUGUAGAUUGAUGAGGAACAUUUUUUAUUUAAUACAUUUUAGAAUAAGGCUGUAACGUAACAACGUGGAAAAAGGGAAGGGGUCUGAACACUUUCCGAAUGCACUGUAUAUAUGCUACUGCUCGACAAAAUAAAUGUUGGUUGACCAACAGCCUAUCGACCAAACAAUCGACCAGUUGACUAGUUGGGUCAGCCCUAGUUGGUACAGCAUGGCAUGGUGCUUGCAAUGCCAGGAUUGUAGGUUCGAUUUUAUAUUUAUGUAAAAAUGUAUGCUAAAUGCUUUGUGUGUUUUCCUUUAUAGCCUCCGGUCCGAGAAGGCCCAGUGACACGCAGUGCCAGCAGAGCUGCCUCUCUCCACUCUCUGUCUGAUGCCUCAUCUGACUCCUUCAGCCACUCUCCAGGUAAACAAACGGCAGUGUGCUUCUAACAGCUUCGCUUCCUCCACUGUCCCUGUCCCCUUACUGGGCUUGAACCAGUGGUCCUCUGAUUGCAAGCACGUGACAACUUACCAUCCAGUUGUGCUAUAGAAAAGGAUUAGUUUCGAUAGCACCAUUGCCGAUAUUUCAAGCUAGCUGUGGAGUGAGCUUAUGGCACGUUCUUACAUCCAUUAGACAGGCACGCACGCAGAAAAAUGGGAAAAGGUGUGGUGCCAGGACAACAACCUCUCCCUCAAUGUGAUCAAGACAAAGGAGAUGAUUGUGGACUACAGGAAAAAGAAGAGGACCGAGCACGCCCCCAUUCUCAUCGACAGGGCUGGAGUGGAGCAGGUUGAGAGCUUCAAGUUCCUUGGUGUCCACAUCACCAACAAACUAGCAUGGUCCAAGCACACCAAGACAGUCGUGAAGAGGGCACGACAAAACCUAUUCCCCCUCAGGAGACUGAAAAGAUUUGGCAUGGGUCCUCAGAUCCUCAAAAGGUUCUACAGCUGCACCAUCGAGAGCAUCCUGACUGGUUGCAUCACAGCCUGGAAUGGCAACUGCUCGGCCUCCGACCGCAAGGCACUACAGAGGGUAGUGCGUACGGGGGCCAUCCAGGACCUCUAUACCAGGUGGUGUCAGAGGAAGGCCCUAAAAAUUGUCAAAGACUCCAGCCACCCUAGUCAUAGACUGUUCUCUCUGCUACCGCAUGGCAAGCGGUACCGGAGCACCAUGUCUAGGUCCAAGAGGCUUCUAAACAGCUUCAACCCCCAAGCCAUAAGACUCCUGAACAGCUAAUCAAAUGGCUACCUAGACUAUUUGCAUUGCCCUCCCCCCUCUUUUACGCUGCUGCUACUCUCUGUUUAUUAUCUAUGAAUAGUCACUUUAAUAACUCUACCUACAUGUACAUAUUACCUCAAUUACUUCGACUAACCGGUGCCCCCACACAUUGACUCUCUGGGUGUAAAUAGCCUCGCUAUUGAUAUUUUACUCUUGUUAUUUUACUGCUGCUCUUUUGUUACUUUUAUUUCAUUUUUUUGGGGGGGGGGUAUUCUUUCUUAAAACUGCAUUGUUGGUUAAGGGCUUGUAAGUAAGCAUUUCACUGUAAGAUCUACACCUGUUGUAUUUGGCACAUGUGACGAUUACAAUUUGAUUUGAUUUUAGGUAAGAAAUUAAGAAUCAGAGGGUGUAGCGGACACACAGAGAGGGAGAUGGUGGAGAUCACACACACUUGGUGUUAGUUGUCAUCAGUGAUUGCGUCCUGUGUGUUUGUGUGUGAGCUCUCUCCUGCUCCCGUGUGUGUGUGUGUGUGUGUGUGUGUGUGUGUGUGUGUGUGUGUGUGUGUGUGUGUGUGUGUGUGUGUGUGUGUGUGUGUGUGUGUGUGUGUGUGUGUGUGUGUGUGUGUGUGUGUGUGUGUCAAUCCCUCAUGCGGUUUUACUCAGAAUCUUCAGGGGUUUCUCUGGACCCCCUGUAGACCUUCAGACCACUGUCUCCCAGUAGUUAACAGUCUCCCAUUAACACAUCCUCUCAUAAUGGAGUGAACUCACAGAGGGACACGGCCCUCACAGCCUGAGUUCCCUGGCUAUAAAAACAGCACAGGGAUAUUGUAUGAUACAUGUGUUUUUCUACCUGUUUUUAUUUCCCUUUAUUAAUUUAUUUAUUUCUCACUUGCUCCUUAUCUUUCUUUCUCUCUCCUUUUCUUUCUAAAUCUCUUCCGUUCUUUAUUCCUGUCACUUUCUCUCUAUGUAUCUCUACUUCUGUUUCUCUCUCUCUCUGUCUUACUCUUAUCUAAGUUGUUUUCUGAUGGUCACUGUGUUCCCUUCCUCAAUGAACAAACCUCGCUCUGUGUUGAGUCAUUCAUUAGAUUUACGUGUGGGUGGGUGGGUGUGUGCAUUUGUGUGUGUGCGAGUGUGUGCAAGUGUAUCUAUCUCUCUAUCUAUUUAUCUAUCUAUCUAUCUAUCUACCUAUCUACCUACCUACCUCAAAUCAAAUCAAAUCAAAUUGUAUUGGCCACAUGCGCCGAAUACAACAGGUGCAGACAUUACAGUGAAAUGCUUACUUACAGCCCUUAACCAACAGUGCAUUUAUUUUUAACAAAAAAGUAAAAAUAAAACAACAACAAAAAAAGUGUUGAGAAAAAAAGUAAAAUAAGUAAAAUAAAGAAGUAAAAUAAAAUAACAGUAGGGAGGCUAUAUAUACAGGGGGGUACCGGUGCAGAGUCAAUGUGCGGGGGCACCGGCUAGUUGAGGUAUUUGGGGUAAUAUGUACAUGUGGGCAGAGUUAAAGUGACUAUGCAUAAAUAAUUAACAGAGUAGCAGCAGCGUAAAAGGAUGGGGUGGGGGGGCAGUGCAAAUAGUCCGGGUAGCCAUGAUUAGCUGUUCAGGAGUCUUAUGGCUUGGGGGUAGAAGCUGUUGAGAAGUCUUUUGGACCUAGACUUGGCACUCCGGUACCGCUUGCCGUGCGGUAGCAGAGAGAACAGUCUAUGACUAGGGUGGCUGGAGUCUUUGACAAUUUUCAGGGCUUUCCUCUGACACCGCCUGGUAUAGAGGUCCUGGAUGGCAGGAAGCUUGGCCCCAGUGAUGUCCUGGCCGUACGCACUACCCUCUGUAGUGCCUUGCGGUCGGAGGCCAAGCAGUUGCCAUACCAGGCGGUGAUGCAACCAGUCAGGAUGCUCUCGAUGGUGCAGCUGUAGAAUUUUUUGAGGAUCUGAGGACCCAUGCCAAAUCUUUUCAGUCUCCUGAGGGGGAAUAGGCUUUGUCGUGCCCUCUUCACGACUGUCUUGGUGUGUUUGGACCAGGAUAGUUCGUUGUGAUGUGGACACCAAGGAACUUGAAGCUCUCAACCUGUUCCACUACAGCCCCGUCGAUGAGAAUGGGGGCGUGCUCAGUCCUCUUUAUUUUCCUGUAGUCCACAAUCAUCUCCUUUGUCUUGGUCACGUUGAGGGAGAGGUUGUUGUCCUGGCACCACACGGCCAGGUCUCUGACCUCCUCCCUAUAGGCUGUCUCAUCGUUGUCGGUGAUCAGGCCUACCACUGUUGUGUCGUCGGCAAACUUAAUGAUGGUGUUGUAGUCGUGCCUGGCCAUACAGUCAUGGGUGAACAGGGAGUACAGAAGGGGACUGAGCACGCACCCCUGAGGGGCCCCCAUGUUGAUGAUCAGCAUGGCAGAUGUGUUGUUACCUACCAUUACCACUUGGGGGCAGCCCGUCAGGAAGUCCAGGAUCCAGUUGCAGAGGGAGGUGUUUAGUCCCAGGAUCCUUAGCUUAGUGAUGAGCUUUGAGGGCACUAUGGUGUUGAAUGCUGAGCUGUAGUCAAUGAAUAGCUGUCUCACGUAGGUGUUCCUCUUGUCCAGGUGGGAAAGGGCAGUGUGGAGUGCAAUAGAGAUUGCAUCAUCUGUAGAUCUGUUGGGGCGGUAUGCAAAUUGGAGUGGGUCUAGGGUUUCUGGGAUAAUGCUGUUGAUGUGAGCCAUGACCAGCCUUUCAAAGCACUUCAUGGCUACAGACGUCAGUGCUACGGGUCGGUAGUCAUUUAGGCAGGUUAUCUUAGAGUCCUUGGGCACGGGGACUAUGGUGGUCUGCUUGAAACAUGUUGGUAUUACAGACUCAGUCAGGGACAUGUUGAAAAUGUCAGUGAAGACACUUGCCAGUUGGUCAGCACAUGCUCGUAGUACACGUCCUGGUAAUCCGUCUGGCCCUGCGGCCUUGUGAAUGUUGACCUGCUUAAAAGUCUUACUCACAUCGGCUACGGAGAGCGUGAUCACAUAGUCAUCCGGAACACCUACCUACCUACCUACCUACCUACCUACCUACCUACCUACAGUGGGGAGAACAAGUAUUUGAUACACUGCCGAUUUUGCAGGUUUUCCUAUUUACAAAGCAUGUAGAGGUCUGUAAUUUUUAUCAUAGGUACACUUCAACUGUGAGAGAAUCCAGAAAAUCACAUUGUAUGAUUUUUAAGUAAUUAAUUUGCAUUUUAUUGCAUGACAUAAGUAUUUGAUACAUCAGAAAAGCAGAACUUAAUAUUUGGUACAGAAACCUUUGUUUGCAAUUACAGAGAUCAUACGUUUCCUGUAGGUCUUGACCAGGUUUGCACACACUGCAGCAAGGAUUUUGGCCCACUCCUCCAUACAGAUCGUUCAGGUUUCGGGGCUGUCGCUGUGCAAUACGGACUUUCAGCUCCCUCCAAAGAUUUUCUAUUGGGUUCAGGUCUGGAGACUGGCUAGGCCACUCCAGUACCUUGAGAUGCUUCUUACGGAGCCACUCCUUAGUUGCCCUGGCUGUGUGUUUCGGGUCGUUGUCAUGCUGGAAGACCCAGCCAUGACCCAUCUUCAAUGUAGUUCUGGGCUGAUCCCUCACCUUCCUCAUGAUCAUUGAUGCCCCACGAGGUCAGAUCUUGCAUGGAGCCCCAGACCGAGGGUGAUUGACCGUCAUCUUGAACUUCUUCCAUUUUUUAAUAAUUGCACCAACAGUUGUUGCCUUCUCACCAAGAUGCUUGCCUAUUGUCCUGUAGCCCAUCCCAGCCUUGUGCAGGUCUACAAUUUUAUCCCUGAUGUCCUUACACAGCUCUCUGGUCUUGGCCAUUGUGGAAAGGUUGGAGUCUGUUUGAUUGAGUGUGUGGACAGGUGUCUUUUAUACAGGUAACGAGUUCAAACAGGUGCAGUUAAUACAGGUAAUGAGUGGAGAACAGGAGGGCUUCUUAAAGAAAAACUAACAGGUCUGUGAGAGCUGGAAUUCUUACUCAUUGGUAGGUGAUCAAAUACUUAUGUCAUGCAAUAAAAUGCAAAUUGAUUACUUAAAAAUCAUACAAUGUGAUUUUCUGGAUUUUUGUUUUAGAUUCCGUCUCUCACAGUUGAAGUGUACCUAUGAUAAAAAAUUACACACCUCUACAUGCUUUGUAAGUAGGAAAACCGGCAGUGUAUCAAAUACUUGUUCUCCCCACUCUAUCUAUCUAUAUAUAUCUCUCUCUCUCUCUCUCUCUCUCUCUCUCUCUCUCCCUCUCUCUCCGUGUCCCCCUCCCCUUCCCUUUUUUUCUGCAGAAUCGGUGGACACUUAUCUGAAGGGAAUGUUGUUUUUCUCCUAAGAGUUUUAACUCAUCUAAUCUCUCUCACCCCCUCCACUCUCAACCCCCCCCCCCCCCCUCUCUCCCUCUCAACCCCCCCCCCCCCCCCCCCCCCCCCCCCCGCCCCCUUUCUCCUACACCCUCCCUCCAUAUAGAGUCAGUGGACACUAAGCUGAUGAACUUCAGUAACCUGCUGAUGAUGUACCAGGAGCAGGGGGGCAGCCCGGACUCCGACGACGACGGCUCCAAGCUCUCCAUGCUGCCCCACCUGGCCGACCUGGUCAGCUACAGCAUCCAGAAGGUCAUCGGCUUCGCCAAGAUGAUCCCCGGCUUCAGGUGGGUGGAGGGCUGAGUGGGGUGAGGGGGUUGGGGUGGGUGGGUUAGGUAGGGGAUGAGGGGAUAGCAAGGGGGGUAAAUGUAUGUAUGUGUGUGUGGGGGGGUGUACUGUACAUUGUGUGCUAGUUGUUUUUUUGAGAGAGAGAUUGUGUGUGUGCGCGCGUGCGUUCGUUUGUGUGUGUGAUCCUACAAUGUGCACAAAAAAAUUACAAAUAUUGUGUGUGAUACUCCAAUAUGACUAUAGGCAGUUGCCCUGAAAAUUGAUUGAACUCUACGUGGCAUGAAUGUAAACAAAGCCUUAUUUGUGUGUUUACUCGUUUAAGGGUCUGAGUGUUCCUACAAACAAGGACAAGUGUGCCUUUAGUUAUCUUUUGUUAUCAGCAGCUGAUAUCUGUCCUACACGUGGCGCGAGUGGCUGUCGUCACAGUAAACAUUAGCAUGUGUGGUCGUCACUGUGUACGUUCUGUCUUCAUCCCCCCCGGGUGGCAGAGGAAAGUGUGGUCGAGGACACAGUAACAGGCUUUGUUAGUAAUGAUCACGUAAGCUGUCUUCUGACCCAAGAAACGCUUUGAGCUUAAAGGCUUGUCAGUGCUCUACAAUUAAUGUAAUAUAGCCAUUGCUUCUCAGAGACUAUACAACUGAAUCUAAGGUUGUAUUGCUCAAAUGUUUUUUGCUGUCUGUUGAGUCUUUGUUAACAAACAUUGUAUAGCUUCAAUAUGUUGAAAACUAGUUAUUGCAUCCAUAGCUCCAUUUAUGCAUUUGAGAGUGGUUCUUUGUCCAGCCCCAUCCCUCAGCUUUAAAGCAAGCCAAGUGGCAGAGACAGGCUGUCGAAAUUACAGCUUGCGCCUUUAACGUCACUCUGAAGAUGUGAUUGGUUGAUUAGGUCGAAGGUCAUAUUGCGUCAGUAAAGAACUAGGGUUCUUCAGUACGUUUACCCUGAAAUAGUACAAAGAAUACAAAACAAAUCCUCAAAAGUAAUAAAUGUUUCAAUUAAAUUCUAUACAACUUAAUUUAACCCCUCAGGGGCUAUAAUGCCUGAUUGCAGCGCAUUAGCCAUGACGGAUAUACGAGUUCCUGCGGAAACUCUUAACUUCUGCCGUGACAGAUAUGACAUGUCGGGUUGUUGUUUUUUCACCCGGCAACGCAAGGCCUGUUGUCGUACAGUGUUUGCUCCUUUCAGUGCAUGUCGAGUUUGCCAACAGAGGCCAUCGCUCAGUGUCAUGGAAAGGUAAUGGGGCCUGCACUGGUGCAUGUGUGAGAUACAGCGCCUUACAACCCUAGACAAUUAUUGAUCUUGAUUGCACAACACAACUGCUCAAACUAAUGGGUAUACAUGGUAACUCAAUGACAUGGUUGCAAAACCGCCUACAUGAACUUCCUUAUAUCGCCACUUGUGUGUGGAGUUUAUGAAGGUGUUAUGAAUAGCCAAUAACUAUCUUGUGCCCCAUCUACCUAAAGUGUUACCAGAUCCUUCCACUUAAAAACUCUGACAUUGAUUUACCCACUAUAGCUAGAUCUAGAUACCCCAGCCUUUUUUUAACUUAACCCGUCUGACCGUUAGCCCACUGUGCGACUGAAACAACAGAUUUUUGACCAAUCAGAUAGCGUGGUCUGGAACCAACUAUCUCCUAAAUCUCAGUCUACAACCCCAUCCUUUUAACCCCUGUCUGACCUAAAAGAGGACCGUAAGCCGACUGAUUAUGGCCACUUCUUUUAACAGAUGCCAUCUUCCUGAUUCACAUUCGUUAACUACCAAACGGAAGAAAAACGACUUAAACAGGGAGGGGGACUACCUGAACUUGUCUAAUGAGAAAUGCUUGUUUCUGUUUUUCCCUGUACAAUCUUUUUUUCUGCGGUGUGCACUAAUGAAUACAACCCUGGUUGUAAUCAGGGAGCUGACGGCUGAGGACCAGAUUGCCCUGCUCAAGUCGAGUGCCAUCGAGGUGAUAAUGCUGCGCUCCAACCAAUCCUUCAACCUGGAGGACAUGUCCUGGAGCUGCGGAGGGCCCGACUUCAAGUACUGCGUCAACGACGUCACUAAAGGUACGAGACUGAGGCAGGCUAGCACACACACACGUAUGUUUGCGGACGGAACACACACCUUGAGAUCGAUAUGCAGUCAAAACCAUUGUACUGUGUCAACGAUGGCACUAACAAACACACAAACACCAGUCAUUUCGCUUAGAGGACAUGUUCUGAAACUGUGGGGGACCCCACUUUACAAAAGGCGAGGCAGUGUAACACACGGACAAACUCACACACACUCAUUUGACAACCAUUGCUGUCACUAAAGGUGAGCGAGAAAGGGUAACAAAAAUGGAUGCAUGUGUGCAGGCACAAAACACACCAAUGCACAUUCUCCAAUACACUCUCCAGUACAUGUCCCGGGGCCUUCCUAUCAUGACUGUGUCAGUUCCGUCAGGAAAACUGAAAUGGAGUGUAACACACUUUGGCACGUGUACCUACACACACACCAUACACCCAUCCGCAAACCCUCAAGGCAUGGUAUUCAUUUGCCUUUCAAACAAGCCCCUGGUAUUUUUACAGAUCAACUGAAGAAUGUCACUCCCGACCCUCUCACAAAGCAUCUGGUGUCUCACAGAACUAAGUUGGUUUUGUUCUAGAAGACAAACCAGGGCGUCUCUGUGACUUACCAGUCAAUUGGAGUUUGAGUCGGGCUCGACAGCAAACUACUAGCCAGACUUUUCCUGAAAACAAGCGUUGUACCCAUUUUAUCUUCACUCAGAAUGACGCUGUUGUUGUUGUAGUUUCCGUCUACAACGCUACGACAUGUAUGAUAUACAGUUAAUACAUUUCUUAUCUCAUGAAACCACACAAAUCCUUAGUGUUAGUGAAACCAUAUGAAAAAAGUAUGAAAUAAGAUGAGUAAUUGGAAAUUAACCUGUAAAUCUUUGAAAAUGGCAUUGGAACGAGUGUUAGGGAAACCAUAAUCAACAGUGAUUUGUUAUCUGGGCCCUUGUAAUCUAGGAGCGCUAAACUAGUGUCACGCCCUGGCUCUGGGGACACUGUUAUGUUGAGCCAGGGUGUGUAGAUCUAUGUUCUCUAUUUCUAUGUUGGCCUGAGUGACUCCCAAUCAGAGGCAACGAGUGUCAGCUGUUUGCUGGUUGUCUCUGAUUGGGAGCCAUAUUUAAACUGUCGGUUUUUCCUUUGUUUUUUGUGGGUUCUUGUUUCAAGUUGGUUGUGUUUGACCGUGUACUGUCAUGUUACCGUCUUUGUUGUUUUGAUCGCGUUUCGCUCAAUAAAGAGUAUGUUUGCCUGCAACGCUGCGCCUUGGUCCUCAUCUGUUCCCGACGAUCGUGACAGAAGAACCCACCAAGACAGGACCAAGCAGCGUGAAGAGGAGAGAGGAAGGACUUGGGAUCAGUGGAGUAGGAGUCUCGACUGGGCCAAGCCAAGUGAAGAGCAGAGAGGUUGGACUAUGGAGCAGUGGAUUAAGAGUCUCGACUGGGCCAAGCCAAGUGAAGAGCAGAGAGGUUGGACUUUGGAGCAGUGGGGUGAGAGUCUGGCGAGAACUAGGGAGGCCUGGUCCACGGGGAGGAGAGACCCCCAGAAAUUUUUUUGGGGGGGGCUCACGUCGUGGACGACGGGGCAGCAGGAGGCCGCGAUGGAGCGGUCCAGCGGGUGCGCAGAGGAGGCCGCCAGGUUAAGGGGGCCACUGGUCACAGAGGAGAGGGAAAGUGUGGAGGCACGGCGAGAGGUACUGGGGUGUGUUACCAGUCCGGUCGGGCCCGUUCCUGAUCUCUGUGUAGGGCCAGUGGUGUGUGUCCCCAGUGCGGUCCGGUCUGUUCCUGUUCCUCGCAUCGAGCCUGUGGUGCGCGUCGCCAGCCCGGUCCGGCCUGUUCCUGUUCUCCGCAUUGAGCCUGUGGUACGCUUCGUCAGCCCAGUCCGGCCCAUUCCUGCUCCCCGCACCAAGUCUGUGGUGCGUCUCGUCAGCCCGGCUCGACCCGUUCCUGCUCCCCGCACCAAGUCAGUGGUGCGCUUCGUCAGCCCGGCUCGGCCCAUUCCUGCUCCCCGCACCAAGUCUGUGGUGCGUUUCGUCAGCCCGGCUCGGCCCAUUCCUGCUCCCCGCACCAAGUCUGUGGUGCGUUUCGUCAGCCCUGUCCGGCCCGUUCCUGCUCUCCGCACCAAGUCUGUGGUGCGCGUCGCCAGCCCAGUCCGGCCCAUUCCUGCUCCCCGCACCAAGUCUGUGGUGCGUUUCGUCAGCCCUGUCCGGCCCGCUCCUGCUCUCCACACCAAGCCAGUGGUGUGCGUCGUCAGUCCAGCACGGCCCGUGCCUGUUCCCCGCACCAAGCCAGGGGUGCGUAUCGUCAGCCCGGUCCGGUCCAUUCCUGCUCCACGCACCAAGCCAGGGGUGUGUAUCGUCAGCCCGGUCCGGCCAGUUGCUACUCCACGCACCAAGCCAGGGGUGCGUGUCGUCAGUCCGGCUCCGGCCAGCGGGGCCAGACCGGACCAGGGAUACUUUGGGGGGUUGGAGAGGGAGUGGGGAUCGGGCCCAGAGCCGGAUCCGCCGCCAAGGCGGAGUGCCCACCCGAUCCCUCCCCUGUGGUAUUUAGUUGGCGCGGUCGGAGUCCGCGCCUUUAGGGGGGGGUACUGUCACGCCCUGGCUCUGGGGACACUGUUAUGUUGAGCCAGGGUGUGUAGAUCUAUGUUCUCUAUUUCUAUGUUGGCCUGAGUGACUCCCAAUCAGAGGCAACGAGUGUCAGCUGUUUGCUGGUUGUCUCUGAUUGGGAGCCAUAUUUAAACUGUCGGUUUUUCCUUUGUUUUUUGUGGGUUCUUGUUUCAAGUUGGUUGUGUUUGACCGUGUACUGUCACGUUACCGUCUUUGUUGUUUUGAUCGCGUUUCGCUCAAUAAAGAGUAUGUUUGCCUGCAACGCUGCGCCUUGGUCCUCAUCUGUUCCCGACGAUCGUGACAACUAGGAUCAGUUUGGCCUUUUAAAUCAUAAUGAAUAAGAGAUAUAUACAUUUAUAAAGAUAUAAAUAAUGAAUACAUACAAUGAACAAAAAUAUAAACGCAACAUGCAACAAUUUCAAAGAUUUUACUAAGUUACAGUUCAUAUAAGGAAAUCAGUCAAUUGAAAAAAAUCAUUAGGCCCUAGUAUAUGGAUUUCACAUGACUGGGAAUACAGAUAUGCAUCUGUUGGUCGCAGAUACCUUAAAAAAUAAGGUUGGGGUGUGGAUCAGAAAACCAGUCAGUAUCUGGUGUGACCACCAUUUGCCUCCUUCGUUUAGAGUUGAUCAGGCUGUUGAUUGUGGCCUGUGGAAUGUUGUCCCACUGGCUGUGCAAGUUGCUGGAUAUUGACGAGAACUGGAACACAUUGUCGAUCCAGAGCAUCCCAAACAUGCUCAAUGGGUGACGUGUCUGGUGAGUAUGCAGGCCAUGGAAGAACUGGGACAUUUUCAGCUUCCAGAAAUUGUGUACAGAUCCUUGCGUCAUGGGGCCGUGCAGUAUCAUGCUGAAACAUGAGGUGAUGGCAGCGGAUGAAUGGCACAACAAUGGGCCUCAGGAUCUCGUCACGGUAUCUCUGUGCAUUCAAACUGCCAUCGAUAAAAUGCAUUUGUGUUGGUUGUCCGUAGCUUAUGCCUGCCCAUACCAUAACCCCACCGCCACCAUGGGGCACUCUGUUCACAGCGUUGACUUUAGCAAACCGCUCGCCUCAAUGACGUCAUACACACGGUCUGCCAUAUGCCCAGUACAGUUGAAACCGGAAUUAAUCCGUGAAUAGCACACUUCUCCAGUGUGCACACUUCUUCUUUGGUUACGCAAGCCCACAGUAUCAUCAGCUGUCCGGGUGGCUGGUCUCAGACAAUUCUGCAGGUGAAGAAGCCGGAUGUGGAGGUCCUAGGCUGGCAUGGUUACAUGUGGUCUGCGGUUGUGAGGCCGGUUGGACGUACUGCCAAAUUCUCUAAAACGACAUUGGAUGCAGCUUAUGAUAGAGAAAUGAACAUUCUGGCAACAGCUCUGGUGGACAUUCCUGCAGUCAGCAUGCCAAUUGCAAGCUCCCUCAAAACUUGAGAUAUCUGUGGCAUUGUGCUGUGUUAGAAAACGGCACAUUUUAGAGUGACCAUUUAUUGUCCACAGCACAAGGUGCACCUGUGUAAUGAUCAUGCUGUUUAAUCAGCUUCUUGAUAUGCCAUACCUGUCAGGUGGAUGGAAUAUUUUGGCAAAUGAGAAAUGCUCACUAGCAGGGAUGUAAAAAGAAAUGUGUGCACAAAAAUUUAGAGACAUUUUAAAUAUUUUAUUUCAGCUCAUGAAACAUGGGACCAACACUUUACAUGUUGCGUUUAUAUUUUUGUUCAGUGUAGAUAUACUGUAUAAUAUAGCACAUACAUUAUAUCAUAUAAAUCAAUUUCUUAUCUUGCAAAGCCACACAAAUCCUUAGUGUUAGGCAAACAAUAUAUUGAGAGAUAUAUAGUGAUUGUUAUCUGAUCUGAUUGACGGUGUAUGUUGUCUCCUGCAGCGGGCCACACUCUGGAGCUGCUUGAGCCCCUGGUCAAAUUCCAGGUGGGCCUGAAAAAACUCAACCUCCACGAGGAGGAACACGUGCUGCUCAUGGCCAUCUGCCUCCUCUCCCCAGGUACACACUAACACUGGGUGUGUGUGUGGGGGGGGGGGGGGGGAGUGUGUGUCUGUCAUUAAUUGUUUAUGCGAGUCUCCUUGUUUUUGUGAGGAUCAGUUAGCUUGUGGGGGGGACUGUUGAAAUGUGCAUUUGUGUGAGUGUGUUUUUGUGUGUCUUUGUGCUGAAGUUCACACACUCAAGUCUCAGUGUCUGCUUACACUCGUGUGUGUGUGUGUAUAUCUUGUACAUUUUUGUCAGUCAGUGCAUAUACAGUGCAUUUGGAAAGUAUUCAGACCCCUUUACUUUUCCCACAUUUUGUUACGUUACAGCCUUACUCUAAAAUUGAUUAAAUAAUUUGUUUCCCUCAUCAAUCUACACACAAUACCCCAUAAUGACAAAGCGAAAACAGGUUUUUAGAAAUGUUUGCACAUUUCAUACAAAUAAAAAACAGAAAUACCUUAUUUACAUAAGUAUUCAGACCCUUUGCUAUGAGACUCGAAAUUGAGCUCAGGUGCAUCCUUGUGUACAUUGAUCAUCCUUGAGAGGAUUCUACAACUUGAUUGGAGUUCACCUGUGGUAAAUUCAAUUGAUUGGACAUGAUUUGGAAAGGCACAGGAUCGAUAUAACGUCCCACAGUUGAAAGUGAAUGUCAGAGCAAAAACCAAGCCAUGAGGUCGAAGGAAUUGUCCGUAGAGCUCAGAGACAGGAUUGUGUCGAGGCACAGAUCUGGGGAAGGGCACCAAAACAUUUAUGCAGCAUUGACAGUCCCCAAGAGCACAGUGGCCUCCAUCAUUCUUAAAUGGAAGAAGUUUAGAACCACCAAGACACUUCCUAGAGCUGACCGCCCGGCCAAACUGAGCAAUCGGGGGAGAAGGGCCUUGGUCAGGGAGGUGACCAUUAACCCGAUGGUCACUCUGACAGAGCUCUAGAGUUUCUCUGUGGAGAUGGGAGAACCUUCCAGAUGGACAAACAUCUCUGCAGCACUCCACCAAUCAGGCCUUUAUGGUAGAGUGGCCAGACAGAAGCCACUCCUCAGUAAAAGGCACAUGACAGCCAACUUGGAGUUUGCCAAAAGGCACCAAAAGGACUCUCGGACCAUGAGAAACAAGAUUCUCUAGUUUGAUGAAACCAAGAUUGAACUCUUUGGUCUGAAUGCCAAGUGUCACGUCUGGAAGAAACCUGGCACCAUCCCUAUGUUGAAGCAUAAUGGUGGCAGCAUCAUGAUUUGAGGAGGUUUUUGGGGAGAAACUCCCCAAAUACAGGUGUGCCAAGCUUGUAGCGUCAUACCCAAGAAUACUCAAGGCUGUAAUCGCUGCCAAAGGUGCUUCAACAAAGUACUGAGUAAAGGGUCUGAAUACUUAUGUAAAUGUUUUUUUUUUUUUUACAUUUGCAAAAAUGUCUAAACCUGUUUUUGCUUUGUCAUUAUUGGGUAUUAUGUGUAGAUUGAUGAGGUAAAAAACUAUUUAAACAAUUUUAGAAUAAGGCUCUAAGGUAACAAAAUGUGGAAAAAGUAAAGGGGUCUGAAAACUUUCCGAAUGCGCUGUACAUGCAUGCUUUGCAUGCCUGUGUUUGUACAUUACAUACUAUUAGUUGAUUUCUUACCUCAUGAAUUCCUCGGUGUCUGAUAAUGUGUGUGUAUAUACACUGAGUAUACCAAAGAUUAGGAACACCUUACUAAAAUUGAGUUGCACUCCCUUUUGCCCUCAGAACAGCCUCAAUUCGUCGGGGCAUGGACUCUACAAGGUGUCGAAAGCGUUCCACUGGAAUACUGGCCCAUGUUGACUCCAAUGCUUCCCACAUUUGUGUCAAGUUGGCUGGAUGUCUUUUGGGUGGUGGACCAUUCUUGAUACACACAGGAAACUGUUGAGCGUGAAAAACCCAGCAGCGUUGCAGUUCUUGACACAAACCGGUGCGCCUGGCACAUACUACCAUACCCCAUUCAAAGGCACUUAAAUCUUUUGUCUUGCCCAAAUCUUUUGUCUUGCCUCUGAAUGGCACACAUACACAAUCAAUGGCUCAAUUGUCUCAAGGCUUAAAAAUCCUUCUUAAACCUGUCGCCUCCCCUUCAUUUACACUGAUUUAAGUGGAUUUAACAAGUGACAUCAAUAAGAGAUCAUAGCUUUCACCUGGAUUCACCUGUCUAUGUCAUGGAAAUGUUUUGUAUACUCAGUGUAGAUUUCCUGUACAACACAUGCAAGCGUGUUGUACAUUACAUAAUAUUAGCAAAAUUGAUUUAUUUUCUCAUGAAACCACACAUAUACUUUGUUUUAGGCUGAGGUUAGGCUAAUAUAAGCUUUUGUUCAUGGCUGUGGGGAGGUGUGCCCCUUUUCAUACAAUAAGGUCAUUUCUGGACAUUAUUUCUGUCCAUUUUGCAGACCCCUUUUGGCUCAAGAGCACCUCUCUGAGACAACAGUUCUGUAUAGCCUCUUUAAAGUCUUACCAGCCAUGUCUUCCCCUCCCUUCGUACUGUCUGGUAUGGUGCUGGAGAUAAUGAAUAUGAAGAAGCCCUUUAAAGUCUUACCGUCCGUGUCUCCCUGCCCCUCUCUCUCCUUUCUCUCCCCUCCAGACCGCCCCGGCGUGCAGGAUCACGGGCGCAUCGAGGCCCUACAGGACCGUUUGUCGGAGACGCUGCAGGCCUACAUCCAGCUGCACCACCCGGGCGGCCACCUGGUGUAUGCCAAAAUGAUCCAGAAGCUGGCGGACCUGCGCAGCCUGAACGAGGAGCACUCCAAGCAGUACCGCUCGCUGUCCUUCCAGCCCGAGCACAGCAUGCAGCUGACCCCGCUGGUGCUGGAGGUGUUCGGCAGCGAGGUCUCCUAA